AUGCAACCGCCCAGGUCAAUAUUCACAGGUCACAGCACGGAGCCCUUUGACGCUUCUUCUACACAACAACAUAGCGGAAGACGCUCGAGCUUCUCGGUGUACCACGAUCCUUUCAACGCCCCAUCCGAGCCCUUCUUCGACCCUCACCUCCCCUCGCCUUCCUCCUCCUCGGCCACCGCCGCCGCAGACAGGCCACCACCGCUGUUGUCACCCUCACUACCACCACUACCCGCUGCGUCCAACUCCCUAUUCACAUCCACGCAGACCCCAUGGACACCACACCGGCCCUCUGACCCAAACAUCCAUCGACGGCGAUCAAUUGAACCCGUGCAAAGCCCCCCAUCGCUCGCAGGCAAGAAGCGCUCCACGCGACCGCACGCAACACCAACUGUCGACGCAUCUUCUCCCGUCUCGUCGAGCGAGCCCUUGCACAAGCGACGACGGAUCCCCAACCUCGCGAGGCACACGCUCGACCAGUUCAGCUUUCGAAAGGCUUCAAACUUAAAGGAUAAUCUUCAGCCCCCGUCACCGCUCUUCUUCUCCAACUCCCGCCGCGCUCGGCCGCCACUUCCAGCCAGGUUCUCGAGCUCCGAAGCGGCGGCAAGGAUGCUGAGUAAAGCGCGCGGAGAGGAGACCGGCAUCAAGACCGUUACCCUUGCGCGCGGAACAUACAGUGGAUUAAGCCCUCCAGGCCUAUCGAGCGUACCAAGUAGUCGGAAUUCGGAGCGAUCAAGCCUUCCACGCACAUCAUCACCGGACGCAAGAGAGAGGAGCGAUCCGUUGAGACUUAUUGGGUCGAUUGGUAUCGUGGAGCUUCUUGAGCAGGAUGCGCGACCAACCUUCAUCGUUGAUGUUGAGAACGCCUCGAAUUUCACACCAGGAUCGACGUCUCUCCAGAUUCUAUUCGCAAAUUCUGCUCUGCGAUCUAGCGCUUCGACGUGGGAAUUAGUUGCUGGCAAACCAGAUGCUGACUUUGAGCCACAUAUAGAUGAUCCUCCUUCGCAUGCUUCUAUUCAGUUCAGAGGGUGGCUGCUGAGCGCCGGAGCUUCAGGUGAAGCCGUCGACGCGGAUCCGGCACCAAUCAAACAUGGAGGCAUCAUCUGGUCUUGUUCAACCUUGAGAAAACGACUUCGUGUAGUCUCGGGCACAACACCAUCAACCAUUUCGCCAGAUGUACCCUCCACCAGUGCCACUAUCGAUUUUCCAAUCCCUUCAGCGUCCUCGAUUCCGCUCUCCACAAGUAAUGGCGUAGACAAAUCAUCCGCUGCAGGGGCGCAUCUAGAAGCACAGGACUAUUUUGGCAAUUCUUUACCAACGCAAAUGGAGAUAUCUUCCGAUGACCCAAAGUUGGCACCCUCCCCACCCCACAGCGAACCUGGCCUCGUGACAGUUGGUACAACUGAUGCUCAGGGCCGAACCUGGCCGCGACCGGACAGAAUUGAGAUGCCAGCACUCGGCGCCUUGCCGUCGUUUACGAAUGAGUGCGUCCUCCGAGCACAUUGCGCCGGUGAUGUUGACGCUUUCCAUAGGAAUCCCAGCCCUCCUGCAGAACGCGAUGUGGGGUUCUUCGACUGGACACGACUAUCGCUCUCGUCUUCUCUUCCUCAACACAUAGAAUUUGCACGUUCCGUAGAUUGGGCGGCAACUCCACUGGGUCCUAUAGAGUAUUGGUCGAACGAUCUCAGAGCCAUGUGUAAUCUGAUCAUGGCGAGUCCUCACCCAGCAGCCAUGUACUGGGGCGAUGAGCUUGUCGCUAUCUAUAACGAGGCCUACAUAGGCCUCGCUGGACAGAAGCAUCCCAAACUCAUGGGCCAAAGCUACAAGAUAGCAUGGGCUGAGAUCUGGGAUGAUGUGAAAGAAGUAUUCGCGAAUGCUCGGCUGACUGGUCAAGCCACCAUGAAGGAUGACGACUGCUUAUUCAUGAAGAGGAAUGGGUUUCUGGAAGAAACAUAUUUUUCUUGGUCAAUCAUUCCAAUGGUUGGUGAAGACGGAAGUGUCAUGGGACUGUAUAAUCCAGCGUUCGAGAAGACACGCCGCAAGAUUGCCGAACGACGGAUGCUAACGCUACGCGAGGUCGGUGAGCGGACCGCUACAGCAAGAGAUGUCAAAGGUUUCUGGGAGCAAGUUCUGGCCGCACUGAUGGAGAACGAACACGACACGCCUUUCGCAAUGUUAUACUCGGUGUCUGAGGACAACGGCAGCGACGCUUCCUCUCUUCACUCCAGUAGUCUUCUGGGCUCCAAGCAGUGUUAUCUGGAGGGAACUCUCGGCAUUCCAAGCAAUCAUCAGGUAGCCCCUGACCAGAUCGAUUUGAAGGAGGGCAAUGAGGGAUUUGGGCCCGUAUUCCGCGAGGUGAUGAAGACGGACAAACCCCUUGUACUCAGCAUCGGUUCUGGCGAUCUUCCUCAGGAGAUGCUGGAUGGUCUUGAGUGGCGAGGAUUCGGAGACCCUUGUCGGGACGUUGUCGUGUGCCCUAUUCAUCCUACGACGGGAGAUAGUAUCCUCGGAUUCCUCAUCGUUGGCGUAAACCCCCGUAGGCCCUAUGAUGAUGACUACAAUCUUUUCAUCCAGCUUCUCAGCAGACAGUUGGGCACUUCGCUCGCAUCUGUAGUACUCUUCGAAGAGGAAAUUCGAAGAGGUCAAAAGGCUGCGAAACUUGCAGCAGAAGACCGAAUCAUCUUAUCAGAGCAGUUGGCUGCUCGGACACAAGAGGCUAGGGACAGUGAGACUCGAUUCACAAGGAUGGCGGAAUAUUCACCGGCAGGACUCUUCAUUGCUGACCACGACGGGCGCAUCACCUAUUGUAACGAUACUUGGUACGUCAUCUCACGAGUACCAAAGGAUCCCCAACAAACGGAUAGCUGGGUCAAUUACGUGCUGGAGGAAGAUCAGAGUCUCAUACGGCAUCACUGGAAAAAGCUUGUUCAGCACGGAACUGCCAUCAACAUUGAAUUUAGGUUCAAGACUCCUUGGGAAGACCGUAAUGGCAACAAAGGUGACACCUGGGUUCUCUUUAGCGCUUUCCCAGAGAAGCAUGACGGCGUCCUGAAAAGUAUAUUCGGAAACAUCACGAACAUCAGCUCCCAGAAAUGGGCGGAAGGCUUCCAGAAACGAAAGAUGGAGGAGGCGGUCGAGCUCAAACGACAGCAGGAGAAUUUCAUCGACAUCACUAGUCAUGAAAUGCGGAAUCCUCUCAGCGCAAUACUGCAGUGUGCCGACGAGAUUUCGACAACAUUGACCGAAUUCCGUGCUUCAGGUGCCUCGGACAUUUCCCCGAAUACUGUGACAGACAGUAUCGACGCAGCACAAACCAUAGCAUUGUGUGCGCAGCACCAGAAGCGUAUUGUUGAUGAUGUGCUCACACUUUCGAAACUUGAUAGUGCAAUGCUCAUGGUCACACCAGUCGACGCCCAACCUUUGCAGGUGGUGCAACGGGCAUUGAAGAUGUUUGAGGGUGAGGUUCAAACCGCACGCAUCAACAUGGACUUUGUUGUGGACCGUUCCUACAACGACUUGGAUAUUGACUGGGUCAAGCUGGAUCCUUCGCGUGUUCUUCAGGUACUCAUAAAUCUGACAACCAACGCCAUCAAGUUCACAACCACCGAGUCUAGCCGUACUAUCAAGGUGAUUCUCUCGGCAUCUCGAAAGCGCCCGUCCCAAAAGCAGAAUCCUACAGUCGACUUCUUCCCAUUCAAAUCGAAACGAGUCGACCAGACACUUGGCGCUGAUUGGGGUGAUGGGGAAGAACUGUAUUUGGAAUUUGCUGUCCAGGAUACGGGCCGCGGCCUUACCGAAGAGGAAAAGAAAUUGCUCUUUCAGCGGUUCUCCCAAGCUAGUCCCCGAACACACGUACAAUAUGGUGGUUCUGGCCUAGGUCUUUUCAUUUCUCGCGAACUUACUGAACUGCAAGGAGGUGAGAUUGGUGUUUCGUCCGAAUCCGGAAAAGGCAGUACAUUUGCGUUCUACGUAAAGUGUCGCAGGAGCCAUGAGCCACAGGAUCCAGUUGAAUCGCUCCCGUCGACGAUCAUCACCAGACAAUUGUCAAAUGCCAGAGAAAGACCCCAGAUAGAGCCACCAAAAGUCAAAGACUUUGCCCAGGCUCCAGAGCAGACCGUUAUCGAAAGCCUCAAAUCACAGAACGCUCAUUUGAAGGUGCUAAUUGUUGAAGAUAAUAUAGUCAAUCAAAAAGUCCUCCGCCGCCAAUUGGAGAACAAAGGAGUGCAGACCACUGUGGCUAAUCACGGAGGUGAAGCUCUUGAGCACCUUCGUGAGUCACGCUAUUGGAAGGAGAACGGACCAGAUGCCGCUGAUCUAGGUGUCAUAUUAAUGGACAAGGAGAUGCCCGUAAUGGAUGGUUUGCAGUGCACAAGUACCAUCCGGGAAUGGGAAAAGAAAGGCUUCCUCAAGGGCCACGUACCAAUCAUUGCAGUCACUGCAAAUGCUCGCAGCGAGCAAAUCGCUACACUUCUUGACGCGGGAAUGGAUGAUGUUGUCUCUAAACCCUUCCGCAUUGCGGAACUGAUACCCAAGAUAGAGGAGCUCAUGUCUCGAUAUCCCAAACAGACGUUAGACGAUCCCCUAGGGCUUGUUGUCCCAAGUCGUGCACAAGCUAACCUCGGCGCUUCUUCAUGA